UAAGAAGAGGAAGAAACCAGUUAGACACGUGACGUUUCAUAUGAUAACAUUCACAUGAUUAGAAAUAUUUCAUCCGAGGGGUGAUGAGGAGUGAAUUCUGCCUCUAAUGCAGCCUCAAGCAGUGGAAUAAUUUUACUGAAUGGUUGCUUCACCAGUCUCCGAAGACUUCAGUACACCUUUUAGCAGCGAGACAGUGCACACCGUCCUAGGAGGUAAACAGGAAACAUCACUUGUUAUUAUGUUAGCAGUGUUCUUCCUCGUCGUUGUUGUAGUUUCUCAAACAGCAGCUCGGUACUCUGCAGACUGGAAGAGUCUGGACUCCAGGCCGCUGCCAUCAUGGUACGACCAGGCUAGGGUCGGGAUUUUUGUUCACUGGGGUGUGUAUUCAGUGCCCGGAUUUGGGAGCGAGUGGUUCUGGUGGCACUGGCAGGGCCAGCGGCCCCCGGACCCAAGGUAUGUGAAACUUCAUGUCAAAGAACUAUCCUCCGGGUUCAGCUACCCGGAGUUCGCCCCCCAGUUCCACGCUCAGUUCUUCAAUCCGAGGGAGUGGGCGGACAUUUUUAAAUCCUCUGGUGCCAAAUAUGUGGUCCUGACUGCUAAACACCAUGAAGGAUUUACUAACUGGGGCUCCCCAAACUCCUGGAAUUGGAAUUCAAUGGACACUGGUCCUCACAGGGAACCUGGUGGGAGAGCUGGGGGAGGCAGGUCCGCAACAGGUCAAUGCACUAUGGACUCUACAACUUCCUUGUACGAGUGGUUCCACCCUCUGUAUCUGAAGGACAAGAGAAAUGGAUUCAAAACCCAGGAGUUUGUGAUGCACAAGCUACUCCCAGAGCUUUAUAACAUGGUUGUCAGAUACAAACAGAGCUCAUCUGGUCUGAUGGGGACUGGGAAGCACCCUGACACCUACUGGAACCUCCACCUUAUUCCUGUCCUGGCUGUACAACGACAGCCCUUUCCUUCCUGUUUUAGGAUGAGUUGUGACAAUGACAGAUGGGGAGCCGGCUGUGCCUGUACAGGAGGUUACUAUAACUGUGAGGAUAAAUUCACUCCUGGCCAGGUGCCCAAACAAUGGGAGAAGUGCACCUCUGUAGACACGCUCUCCUGGGGUUACCGCAAGAACAUGAAGUUGAGUGAAUUGAUGGACCUGCCCAGUAUCGUCAAGGAUCUGGUCCGCACUGUUUCCUUCGGAGGUAACUACCUCCUUAACGUGGGUCCACCUGAUGGGAUGAUCCCUGUGGUGUUUGAGGAGAGGCUCAGGGGGCUUGGAGCCUGGCUUAAGGUCAACGGCGAGGCCAUCUACGCUUCCAAGCCUUGGAGGAUGCAGAAUGAGAACACCACUGUAACAAUCUGGUAUACAUCUAAAGGAACCUCUGUCUAUGCCAUCAUGACCACCAAACCUCCAAAGCCCUCAGUGCAACUAUUUAGACCAAUCACAUCAGCAACCACAACGGUGACCUUGUUGGGGAAUCCAAAGCCCUUACCCUGGUCUCCCAUCAACCCAAACGCUGGUCUAACUGUCCUCCUGCCUGAACUGCCCGACUCCCCCGGUAAAGCCUGGACUCUCAAACUGGACAAUAUCCAGUGAGCCUUAAACUCCUUAAACACUCAACCUUUACUCUGUGAAAUAUUUAGAAUGUGUUCAACUCAGGAUUGUAUCAUGGCGGUUAGGUUCAGGCGUUGCGACGUAUGCACUUUGAUUGAAGGGCCAGCAUUUGUGUAAUGAAUUAGCACUUUUAUCAAAAUGAAAGGAUAGAGAAUACUUUGUCAAUGAUUCUUUUUAGCUCUGAUGACUUAAGGUUUAACAUUUCACUGUCUCUUAGCUGUGUUUGAUCGCUGUUGCAGAGAUGAUUGCAUUUUCAUGUGUUUUGUUUGAAAUGAGAAAUUAACAUACAAGCACUAUUUAUUUUUUUACUGAAUGCUUUUUUUAAUGAUUGAAUAAAAUAUGAUUAAUGUUGAUUGCUUAA